GGCGCCACUUGGUGGCGAUAGCAAAGUCGCGGACAUUCAUGUGUUCUUAGCUUAGUCGGACUCCAAGCACUGAGCAAUGGCAGGGACUCGAACACGCUCGAUGGAAGAGGACGACGAAGAUUAUUGGAUGUCCUCCAGCAUGAAGAAUAAAGCUUCAAUAUUUGAUGACAACGAUGAUGCCGAAGGCAUUAUGCUGCUUGGUGUCAGCCGUAACAAGGUAAAGGACCUGUCAAAGACAAUGAAGGAAGGUCUGGGGGAGAUGGGAAACACAGAGGAAGACAUCAUUAAUUGGGAUGGAAGCAGCACAUCAAGUGGUUCGUCCCUCACGUCAGACUUGAAAUCAGUGCGCUAUCGGUCAUCUCCAACUAGUCAUCUAGCUCCACGGAAGGUCACCUCUAACUCUGCUAGUAGAAGCAGCAGUAACUCUUCUUUAAGUGGUCAGAGUCGGGUGUCAAAUGUGGGUGUCACUGUGCCAAAACCAUCGCCAGACAGCCUAACGAGCAGCAUCAGCGAUGCCGUACAAGGUGCAAAGCGUGUUCCCAGCUUGACAGACGUCUCAAAAAUUGAAGCUGAGGUGCAGUUCUUGCGCAGACAGUUAAACCUUGCCAGACGAGACAGAUGGGAGAAGCUGCCAGUCAGGGAGACAGUGAAGAGGAUUAUUCUAGGAGAGCCCUACUCCCUCGAGGCAUACAAGUCAAAAGAGGACAAACUAAGUUUGCUUGACACGGCUACUGCGAUGCAUGAUGGAAACGCCAUCAUGGCUGCUGUUCUGUUCCUGAAGUCUACAGUUAAAGCCCAGAUUUUUCAUCAUGAGAUGAUGAGGCGACCUGUUGCUACGAAUCACUACCUAAUCUAUCUCAAGAGCAGCCGAGAGUACAAUCAGCUUGCGGAUAUUUUGGGGUUGUUCGGUAGAUCAGAGGAAGCGGCCAUGUUGAAGUACAAGCAAGCGGUGAGUCCAGUAGAACAACAGGUGAAGAUACGCAACUUGAAGCAGUGUUUAGGCGCGCAUUUCAGCAUGGACCCGUCGCUGGCGUACAACACGAGCAUGGUGCUACAGCAGCUCUCCUUGCUGGAAACGCAGCUGCCCAUCAACGAGUACGAUGCUCAGCUCGAGCGCGAAGGCAAGACGGCGAUAUUCAAGGAGUUCCCGCGCACGCGGCCGCUGCUGGGCGUGCCUGUCCUCGCGACGCUCUACUACUGCUGCUUCUACCACUAUGGACUGCCGGAGAAUAACCUUGCGUGUCCGGCCGCGCUGCGCAAGAAGUAUAACCUCACGAGCAAGCAGUAUCUGUGGGUGGCGCUGAGCGCGCGCUCGAGCAUACGCCACUGGCGCGACAUCGACGAGCUUUUCGCGAGCAAGUCGUGGUUUGGCCACCACAAGAUGAAGUCGCCAGUGUCUUUCGACAGAGUUGUAGACGUCUUGUUUCGAACCGGGGCACCACCAGAGGUCAUCGAUAAGUAUCUGCGGUUAGUGGACGGGAUAGAGCAGCGACUCACAAUUGCUAGAAAACUGAAAUGCCAUGUGGUCGUUAUUGAUGCGUUGGUUGAACUCAGAGACAGGCAGGAAUUGCUCAACUAUGCCAGUAAACUUCAGGAAGGUACUAAUGAUGCAAUGCAUGCACAGGUGGCAUUAAGAAACCCAGCAACAAGAUGGAAAAACUGAUACGGAAGAACAUUUUUCAAUUGUGAUCAUCACAGGAAAACUAUCUCAGCACUUUGAUUGAGUUGUAUAUUGUAUCUUUCACACGGCUGUACAUACAUUGUCAUUUUGAUGGUGUGCAAGAUUCAUGAUCGAUUUGUUUUUGUUAUGUUAGGCUAAAUAGUUUCGAAUGUGUUCUCACAUGUAAUAGGCAACAUGAUUAUUGUCUCUAACAUACAAGACCCUGUUAUAGUGUUUUCCUACAGUUUUUUUCGAAAAAUUAAACUUGGUAUAGUGCUGACUGCAUUUAGUGUUUCUGUAGUUGAAUGGUUGAAGCAAGUUGUAGCACACAAACACUGUUUAGUUUUUGUGAUUUUAUAUAGUAAAAUCAUUUAAUUCAUCAUAAACUAUGCAAAUUUUUGCAUUGUUUGGUUAUUCAUAAGGCAACGGCAGCUAGGGUCUAUAAUUAGUUGAUGACUGUACAUGUGAUGUUGCACACUUGCCUGUAUUAUUAUACUACUGUGAUAUAUUGAUACGUGCAACUAUGUUUUCCAAAUUCUGUGACAUUUAAUUUUGCACUAGCAGUUAGUCUCUAUCUAACAUUGUUUAUUCAUUUUGUUUCGGAGAGUAAGUUUGCAUUUUUAAUAAUGUUAUUUAAUGCAACAUUGAUACUGGGUUGUUACAUUCCAUGUACAAUAUUGAAGGUUUAUUAUUGUUAUAGCAGGCUACAGACCUUGUAUAUAUCAAUCAGCGAGACAAAAAUAUUAAUCCAUAAUAA